UAAUCUGUGGUUAUGAACUGACAGUUUCAUCUGACAUCUGUCAAACAUAACCUCAGAAUUUAUGAUUUUUUUCGAAAUUUUCGAAAAUGCUGCCCUUCGCAGUAAAACAUUCGUACAAGCCAUUUAAACGCUUCUUCUCGCAAAUACUAAGCGAAAAACAAGGAGAUGCAUUAAAAUCAUACCCACCAUAUAUUCACUUUUGCGAUAAACUUGAUGAUAACUCGAACAGUAUAACACAAGAAAUAUUGAAAAGUAUGAAAGUGUAUGAGAAUUUUCUCAGUGUUAACGAAGAAGCAAGUCUUCUGCAAGAACUAGAGCCAUACAUGAAAAGAUUGAGAUAUGAAUAUGAUCAUUGGGAUAACGCUAUCCACGGAUAUCGAGAGACAGAAAGAUUGAAAUGGAAUGACGAAAACACUAAAAUUCUUGAUAGGGUGAGGCAUCUUGCUUUUCCGUCUGAUACAUCCCCACUUAAAUUCGUUCAUAUACUAGAUUUAGCUGAAAAUGGUUAUAUCAAGCCGCACAUAGACGCUAUAAGAUUUUGUGGAAACACUAUUGCAGGUUUAAGCCUUCUAACAGAUAGUAUUAUGAGACUUGUUAAUGAUAAUAAUAAGGAAUUAUAUGUGGAUAUUUUAUUGAAAAGACGAUCCUUAUAUGUGAUGAAGGAUGAGGCAAGAUUCAAAUAUACUCAUGAAAUUUUAGAUAAUCCGAAUAGUUUUUUCAAGGGUGAAAAAGUGUGCAAAACAAGAAGAAUAUCUGUGAUAUGUAGAAAUGAACCAAAUAAAGAAACCAAUCUUUGAAAA